AUGCUAGGAACUGUCAUUUUCCCCGACACUUCUGGAAAUAAGGUGGGUGCACAUUAUCCACAACCUUUGGAGAAUCUCGAUGAGAUGAACAAAUACUCUUGGGCCACUGGUGUGCUUGCUUUUAUUUUACAAGAGAUGUGCAAAGGGUUGAGGAUUAACUGUAAUCAAAUUGGAGGUCACUUGACUCUUGUUCAGGUUUGGAUUUACGACCACUUCCCUAAAUUGGGAUUGGCUAGAGCAAAAGACCCUUAUCCCUAUGACCAACCUACAGAAGGAAAAUGGUUGUUUUUGGAUAACCAAAAGAAGUCUAAGGGUUCGAAGCAGUUGACUUCGUUGAGGAAGAAAUUGGAUGCACUUACGGUGAACGAUGUGGUAUUUCACCCAUACGCUGUACCCGAUGAUGUCCCUGUAGAUGAUGAUGACUUGAAUGCUUUCUCCCGCGUCACGCCUUACUAUGGACCAAUUUUGCAUCCUAACGGCUACGCAAUAUAUAAUCCAAGGAGAAUACUAAGACAACUUUGUUGCGUCCAAAUGGAUCCCGACGUGGAGCAUGAAAAUUUCACUUUGCAGGUUCAAGGAACAAAGAACACCGAGAAGUAUUUUGAGCCAAAUCAUGAACCAACUCCUGCGGUAGCAUAUUGGAAUGCACUUACUACCUACCACAUACCAGGAGGUGAUUUGGUACCUUGUGGUGGAGAUGUAAAUGCAUGUGAGGAAGAUUAUAUGGAGUAUUAUGAAGAAAUUAGUCAUCCUUUCGUGAUAAAUAAAGAACAACAAGCUAAGGAUGAUGCGGCAAAGACAAAGGAGAGGGAGUCUAAGAGAGCUCAGAAAGAGAUGCCUAUUUGUGGAGAAAAAGAAAAAAGAUGUUGA